CUCAUGAUUCUGCUCUUUUGGCCGUGAAUGAGGGGUUGAAGGCCUUCAGAAGUCAUGGCCCUCGAAAAACGCGAAUCCGACGAGGAACAGCAGGCAUUCCUCCCCUCGUCUCGACCUAGCGAAGAUGUGUCGACUGCUUCCGGCGACCAUCGCAGUCCUCGAAGGCGCGCGACGCGGUAUCUGCGGGUGCUUCUCGAGAUCGCCAUGGCCUCAACAAUAGUGUUCCUGCUGUUCUUCCGGCCGUCUUCAACGAGAGAGACCCUGAGAAGAACGCCGGUACCCCAGCUUCCGCGGAAGAUAUACACAUUCCACAAUGAUCCCAAAUACGCACGAGAAGAUAUGUUCUUCAACGAAUCUACUACCCUCCAUACCCUCCAUAAUUGGAUUCCAUUCAGCUCAGCAAGCCGCGGAUACGUCGUGAUAGACGAUGCGAGCCCUUACGACUUGCCAGAGCCGUACACAGUUGCUAUCGACCGUGCAAACGAUGGACCAGGAUAUAUGAUGUCCGUCUUCCACCAGCUGCACUGUCUGUCCUACCUUGCCGAACACUUCCAGCAAGGUUAUGGUGGAAUCGAGUUGGAUGACGAAGUAGCCCACCACUCGGCGCACUGCUUCAACUACCUUCGCCAGGGCAUUAUGUGUGCAGCCGACACUACCCUGGAAGGCAAGACAGAUGCUGGGCCGGGCGAAGGCUCAGAACACGAAUGUACGGACUACGAUGCGCUACUCGAGUGGGCGAACGCGCACGCGGCGUAUAGGUGGCGAGAAGGGCUCCUUCCGGGCGAUUCGAUACUUUGAGCUUACAAGCUUGUGGUUGUAUGCCAAUGAAAACACUGUGCAAAGAUCUAAGCCGCUGGGUGGACAUUCUCAAGACGAGGAGAGCGUACUGAAGCUAAAAGGUGACUACAUCUUGCAGCUCUUGUCAGUACAACACAUCAAACGGUAUUAGGGACAUCACCCAUAGGUGCAAAGCCAGGAAACUGCGCGUUCGCGGAUUUGACGAAUUCCCUUUGGCCUGCUUCGAAAGCACUACACGAGGGAUGCAUGUCUCG